CAUCAGUGUACCCAUCAGCGUCCGUCGUGUGCGACCAGAAACUAACCACUAAAUGCAGUCAAUGGACCGUCACCCCUUCCACCCACACCCACAUCCACACCCACACAUACGAAUCUGUCAACCAACUCAAUAAUAAUUGAGAAAUAUGGGAAACGAGAAAUACGCCGAGACCGAGAGAGACGCCACCUCAAACCUCAAACCUCGCUGUCUUGUCGACGUCUUUCCCCUCCACAUGCGAAUCGCGUGUGCCAUCAGGUACGUAUGGUGAAUGGAUGCAUCAGCAAGGAGCCUGUCUGUCUGCCUGUCUGUCUGUCUGGCUCAUCUAGAUCAUGACGACAGACGAGCUCUGGGGCGAGCCAUGGGUCUCCGUGAGCGUCAGACAAACGGUGUCUGGUGGCCCUUGUGCGUGUGCGGCCCCUGCCCCUGCCAGCAAUUGAAACACCUCCUCUACACCUGUAAGCACAACACACACACACUCAUUCAUGGACGUACGGAUGAAUCGAUGGACGGACUGAUGGAUGCGCCCACCGAUCCCGUGGUGGUCGAGCUCAAGCCUCAUGAGCGGCGUCAGGAGCCCGUUCAUCACCUCCACACUCAGACCCUCCUCCCCUCCCUCCCUCUGGCCCACCUGCACACACACACCCGACCACACACACCUGAUGCGCCGGUCCACGCAAGGCAAGCAGACACAAACAACGUCCGUACCAUCCGUCGCAGCUGCCCAACCACCCGCCUCAGAGCCUGCUCACGCUCGCCGACAGCCUCAGGGGGCUUAGCGGCCACAGCGUUGUCAGCAUCGCCGUCGCUGUCGUGUGAAGAUGACGAUUCUAGCACUGGUGGCAUGGCUGGAGUGUGUGUCUUGAGUGGGACGCAGUAGUGGUACUGGAUCUUGUAGGCGGGCUCGUUGUUGUGGAGGGUGUCGGGGGGCGAGCAUGGGACGGACAGCAGCCGCUUGACGAAAAAACGAGGGUGGCUGUCCAGGAACUGACCCACGUCUGCACGAACGAACGACACCGCACGCACCACACAGCGCCGCACAGAGUGAGGUGGCAGGCAGGCAGGCAGGAGACCGACGGACCUACCUACCUUGGUGUAGACUCUUGAGGGUUUCAGACAGGGCGGGGGAGCUGCUCACAAUGCCUUCAAGCUGCGGAAGAGUGAAGCCUGCACGCACACACACACACACACGCUCUUCCACACACAAACAUCCUGGUGGACGGAUGGACGGCCUGCCUCACCCUGCCGCGACGCUCCGACGAGGAACAGCAAGUGUGACAGCAGAGCGGCUUCCAGCUCUUGAGGGUCCUCAUCGGCAGCAGUGCCCUCCUCUAGGAGUUCCGUUUCGCGUGGGACCACCGCCCGGCCACCGUGCAGCAGCGCCUGUCCGAACUGAUGCGGCGACGUCUGCGGGGUGCCAUUACCUGCACACACACCCGGGCACACCACACACGUGUGUGGCAACAAGGCAGUGUGUGUACUUACUUCUGGCUCCUUUCUUCCUCUGGUCGGCCACCAGCCUCCUCAAGUCGUUGACGUUGGCCAGCUGCAGAUGCUCUACAUCCUCAGCGCCAUGCACCAGCCCCAUCAUGCCGUCCACGCCAUGCUCGUCGACAUGGUCAUGGUCAUGGUCAUGCUCGUCGCCCACCACAUCCAGCAGCCGAUACGCCUGUCGGCCGUCGCCGCGCCGAUUCCUCCCAUGCGAAGAGGAGACCAUCAUCGACCUGUGCGCACCACCAGGUGCACUGUCGUCCUUCUUGCGCAGGAAUGGCAGGCAGGGAGCGCACAGGCAUCUGCAGAAAGCCAGCGCCAUGAGGCGGGAACGGCAGGAGGCGCCACGAGGAGGGCUCCGCGGUCGACCUCUGCUCAGCGGUCGUCUGCUCUUGAGGGUGGUGUCUGACUCAUCGCGUGAAGGGGCGGCAGUGUGGUUGUUUUGGCUCGGUCGGCCGACGAGUGCUGAAGCAUGAACAAGAUCUCUUGGUUGACGAGUGCUCUUGACACUGAGAUGCAUCACGCCUCCUCUUCCC